AUGCCGCACGGCGCCCUUCCACAACUAAUGACAGACUGAACGUUUGGUUGACACAAAAACAACCCGGAUACGUUACGCCACUUCAAAAUCUGACAGCAUGAGUGCCAUCCUUAAACUCAACUCGGCGCUCACCAGACACAUAUUGAAAAAUGUCGCACAGACUAGCGUGAACCCGGCGGCCUCCCGUACCCUGCACGUCCAGGUGGACAGGAAGAACGCGAAGGUGUCGGAUAAUGUGUCAAAAGUGUACCCCAUUGUCGAUCACACGUACGACGCCGUGGUCGUCGGUGCUGGAGGCGCGGGACUGCGCGCCGCUUUCGGCCUUGUCGCCGAGGGCUUUAAGACUGCCGUCAUCACCAAACUGUUUCCUACCAGAUCUCAUACCGUCGCUGCCCAGGGAGGCAUCAAUGCUGCACUUGGUAACAUGGAGGAUGACCAGUGGCAGUGGCACAUGUACGACACUGUCAAAGGUUCUGAUUGGUUAGGUGAUCAAGAUGCUAUUCAUUAUAUGACUAGAGAGGCCCCAAAAGCUGUUAUUGAACUAGAAAAUUAUGGUAUGCCCUUUUCUAGAACUCCUGAGGGUAAAAUCUAUCAGAGAGCUUUUGGUGGACAGUCUUUAAAGUUUGGCAAAGGAGGACAGGCGCAUAGAUGUUGUUGUGUGGCCGACAGAACUGGACAUAGUCUUUUACACACUCUUUAUGGACAAUCUUUAAGAUAUGACUGUAAUUAUUUUGUGGAAUAUUUUGCGUUGGAUUUAAUUAUGGAGGGUGGUGAAUGUAAAGGUGUUAUUGCUCUUUGUCUAGAGGAUGGAACUUUGCACAGAUUCAAGGCUAAAAAUACUGUUUUGGCGACUGGUGGCUACGGCAGAGCGUACUUCUCGUGUACCUCGGCCCAUACUUGCACCGGUGAUGGUACCGCGAUGGUGGCAAGGGCGGGCCUGCCCUGCCAAGAUUUAGAGUUUGUGCAAUUCCACCCUACCGGCAUUUAUGGUGCCGGCUGUCUUAUCACCGAGGGCUGUCGUGGCGAAGGAGGCUACCUCAUCAAUUCCCAGGGCGAACGUUUCAUGGAGAGAUACGCACCGGUGGCGAAAGACUUGGCUUCGAGAGACGUCGUGUCAAGGAGUAUGACUAUCGAAAUACGGGAGGGUCGCGGUUGCGGUCCCGAAAAAGACCACGUGUACCUGCAGUUGCACCAUUUGCCGGCCGAACAGCUGCACCAACGUCUGCCUGGAAUCUCGGAAACGGCGAUGAUCUUUGCUGGCGUGGACGUUACUCGUGAACCCAUUCCCGUCUUGCCGACCGUCCACUACAACAUGGGCGGCGUUCCAACCAAUUAUAAAGGACAAGUGCUUACGACUGAAAACGACAAGGACAAGGUGGUGAAGGGAUUGUACGCUUGCGGCGAGGCCGCUUCCUCCUCCGUGCACGGAGCCAACAGGUUGGGCGCUAACUCUCUGCUCGAUUUGGUUGUGUUUGGUAGAGCAUGCGCUCUUACUAUUGCUGAGGAGAACAAGCCAGGCGAGAAGAUCGGCGAUAUCUCGCCGAAUGCAGGAGAGGCGACUGUCGCCAACUUGGACUGGUGCCGCUAUGCCAAAGGUCAAAUUUCAACUGCAGAUUUACGUCUCAAAAUGCAAAAGACGAUGCAAACGCACGCUGCUGUGUUCCGUACCGAGGAAACGCUCAAAGAAGGAGUCAAUCUGAUGAGCGGCUUGUACAAGGACUUGGAGAACGUUAAAGUCUCGGAUAGUGGCAUGAUCUGGAACUCCGAUUUGGUAGAGACCUUGGAAUUGCAGAACUUGAUGAUCAACGCGUGCAUGACUAUCGUAGGCGCCGAGAACAGAAAGGAGUCGAGAGGGGCGCACGCCAGGGAGGAUUACAAGGUCAGGAUCGACGAGUACGACUACAGCAAGCCAAUCGAAGGACAACAGAAGAAACCCAUGAACGAACAUUGGAGAAAACAUACUUUGACAACGAUCGAACCGGAUACUGGCAAAGUCAAUAUCAGAUAUAGGGCGGUUAUCGACGAGACGUUGGACUCGAAGGAAUGCACCACCGUGCCUCCGGCUAUCCGGUCUUAUUAAGCGAACGAGGUUGUUUACAUGGUUACCAGGAUUUUUUACGCGAAUUGUUCGGCCGUCUUUAGGCGAGGUGGUAAAUGAAAGUAUUUUUUUCAUCUGUAGAAUAGAAUGUAACUUAUUCGUCAUGUAUUUCAAGUUGAGUAUUUUUUUUUUAGUUUUAAAAUGUUAUUUUCGGAACUGAUGGUUUUGAAUAAAAUUAUUUACUGUA